AUGAGCAACCAGCCCUACAUCCUGCACGGCUUCGGCCCGUCGCCCUAUUCGGUGAAGAUGCGCGCCAUUCUGCGCUACCGCCGGCUGCCCUUCGUUUGGAAAGCCGUCGGUUGGCCGCGCGACGUCGCGGUCGCGGCCGGCCUGCCGCCGGUGAUCCCGGCGCUGACGUUCCCCGACGGCACGGUAAUGAACGAUUCGACGCCGCUCGCCCAUGCGCUGGAGCGUGCGCAUCCCGGCCAGCGCUCGAUCGUGCCGGACGAUCCGGCGCACGCGUAUCUCAGCGACCUUUUGGAGGAUUUCGGCGACGAGUGGGUCACCAAGAUCAUGUUCCACUAUCGCUGGUUCUACGCACCGGACCGCGAAUUCGCGCAGGGCUGGGUGAUCACCUCGCGCGAUCCGCAGAUGCCGGAGGCCGACCGGCGCGAAGCGAUGCAGGCCUUCAACGAUCGUCAGGUCGGCCGGAUGGCGAUGGUCGGCUGCACCGAUGCCAACCGGCCGGUCAUCGAGGACAGCUAUCGCUUCAUCCUCGACACACUCGAAUCCCACGUUGGCAAGAUGGAGUUCCUGUUCGGCUCGCGCCCGUCGCUGGCGGAUUUCGGGCUGUUCGGCCAGCUCCAGAUCCUGUCGGUCGAUCCCACGCCGAUGGAGGAGAUGCGGCGGCGCGCGCCCGACGUCUAUUGCUGGCUGCUGCGCCUCGACGAUGCGUCGGGCGUCGAGGGUGAAUGGCUUGCGGCCGAUGCGCCGUUGCCGGACGGCGUGACGGCGUUGCUGAAGCAUUGCGGAGAGACCUACCUGCCGACCAGUCGCCGCGCCCUGCUGGCCGGCGCCGCCGCCACCCUCGCCGUGCCCGGUUUCGCGGGCGCGCAGGACGCGUUCCCCAACAAGCAGAUCAAGUUCAUCGUGCCCUAUACGCCGGCCGGUGCGACCGACAACAUCUCGCGCAUCGUGAUGGCCAAGGUGUCGGAGAUUCUCGGCCAGCAGGUCCUGAUCGACAACAAGGCGGGCGGCGGCGGCACCAUCGGCACCGACGCGAUCGCCAAGGCCGCUCCCGACGGCUACACGAUCGGCCUCACGCCCGUCAAGCUGAACGUCAUCGCGCGAACCGAUGGCGCCGUCACUGCUCUCACUUCAUCUCCGGAUAUGUUCGAUUUCGGCGCCGGACGAACGCCGGCCAAUGUCGGAUUUGCCGGCUUCAAGCUUACCUAUCCGUUGAACGGUCAGCGCUUCGACGAGAUCAUCUCCUUUCUGGGCGCCAGCUAUUUCCGGCCCAUCGGCAAGGGCCAGGCUUAUGGUGCGUCGGCACGCGGCCUGGCGAUCGACACCGCCCAGGCGCGCUCCGAGGAAUUUCCCGAGUUCCGGGAGUUCUGGCUGGUCGAGCCGGCCCCGGGAGACCGAUCGGUGACGCUCUAUGCGAUCCUGGAGUCGCCGGGUGCCAGCGGUGCCUAUUCCUUCGUGGUGACGCCGGGGCCGCGCACGACGGUCGAUGUCGAUGCCAGACUGUUCCUGCGCCAUGGCGUGUCGAUGCUGGGCAUCGCGCCGCUCACCAGCAUGUUCCUGUCCGGCAAAGCCGGACCCUGGCGGGACGAUUUCCGCCCCGAGGUCCACGAUUCCGAUGGUCUCGCGAUGCUGACGGGCAGCGGCGAACCCAUCUGGCGUCCUCUCGGAAAUCCGGGAGCACUGCAGGUCUCCACCUUCGUCGACAACAAUCCGCGCGGUUUUGGCCUCCUGCAGCGGGAGCGACGCUUCGACCGGUAUCAGGACGGCGUAGCCAAGUAUCAGGCGCGGCCCAGUCUCUGGGUCGAGCCGAAAGGCGACUGGGGAGAGGGUGAAGUCCGGCUGGUCGAGAUUCCCACGCCCGUCGGAAUAUCACGACAACAUCGUGGCCGUUCUGGGUGUCGCGCUGGCCGCUCUCGAAGGGCCCGCGGCGAUCGGGGCAUGGAGUGGGAUACGGCCCUGGAGCGGCAUCUCGGCCACAUGAUGCUGGGCGUUGUCGCUGUGCUGGUCAUCGGAAGGUGGGCGCCCGCCUUUCUGCCCUGGCUCCUCCCGGUGGUGGCGGGUCUUCUGUUGGCACCGCCGCUCGCGAUCUACUCCAGUCGACGCGCGCUCGGUGUCGGUGCCCGCCGCUGGGGCCUGUUUCUCACGCCCGAGGAAGCGCCGAUGACGGCAGUCGGGACGACAUCGUCGUUCGAUUCAAGCAAGGGAUCGGUGAUGCCCGGCACGGCAUAG